AUGCUCACCUUCAUCGCGGGCUUCGCCGCCGUCUUUGGCACGGCCGAAGGUGUCCGCGCCGCCCAGUCCAAAUCAAGAAAAGAAGAGCACCGAACGAGAAAAAACAACCUCGUGGCUCACUGUCCCAAGAGCUCCAAGUUCAGCCCUCUCCUCGAGGGCAGAGCUAUCGUCCUCGCCGGAGACAAGGUCUACAUUGACACAGGCACCGAAUACAACGUCCCCUUCGGCCACCCCUUCGAAGGCUACUACCUCCCCUACCCAGGCCAACGAUACUCUGGCCUCGUCUCAACAAUCACCCACGAGGCCCCCAUCAUGAACUGGAUCUUCGUCCACAAAGACACGUACGAGAUCAAAUUCGGCACGCGCGCGUUGUCCGAGGGGAACCUCACGGGGCCCUGGGACUGCACGCGGCAGGAUAAGCGGCUGACUUUCGGCGGCUGGGAGGGGUUCUGCGCCGUCAAGGAGGGCGAUUUCUGGGCGCUUUACUUCGAUCGCGACAAUGAUCGGCUGAAGAACAAGGUGGCGCCCGGGACGCCGGUUAUUGAGCUGGAGCUGUUGAGGACGGAGUUGAGGGCGAUUAAGCCGGAGGAGGUUCAGUUGACGGAAGAGCAGUUGAAGGCGUUGCAGGAGCAGGCUAAGCUGGAGGCGGAGAAGAUGGCUAAGGAACAGGCUGAGAGGGAGGCGCAGGGGCAGGCGCUGAAGGAAGCCUUUAUGAAGGCGCAAGCCGAGGCGGAAGAGAAGGAGAGGCUCCAGGCGCAGCAAAAUACCCAAGCGAAAGCUCAACCGCAAGCUCAAGCUCAAGCCCAGCAGGCCGAGGAGCACGCUCAACCGGCAUCCCAAGAACCAACUCAGCAGCAAGCCCAACCUCAGACCCCGAUCCAGCCCACGCCCGAGGUCAAAGUUCAGUCUGAGAGCUCCGGCCAAACGUCUCCGACAUCCACAUCCGACGAGCAAUCAAGCUCUUCUUCGCCGCCGGACAGCUCCGGCCAACCAUCGCCAACCUCCACUUCCGACGAGCAGUCUAGUUCCCCUUCGCCGCCCGAACGCCAGCGUACGAGAAAAAGACGCAAGGACCGGCCCACGAUCAAGAUUCCUUCAAAUAAUCCCAACGCCACCGCCAGUAAUCCCAACAGUAUCAACAACAAUAACCGCCGUACUCCGAAAUCAGGGCGGAAUGGCGGGAGAAGAUCGCCGGAGAGGACAGGCACGCCGAGUGAAAGAAACAGCACCAAGAGUCCCAACGGCAGAAAAGGAAAUAGGACGCCGAAUAGGAACGGAGCUCAGAGUCCGAGUCGGUCUAAUAAUGGAGGAAGAAGCACGAGUCAGGCAAGCCGCGGAAGGAGUCCACCUAGGGGUAAUGCCAGACACAACAAUGGCCGGCGGAGCCCGGAUGCUAUGACAACGAGUUCCAACGGCAGAAGUAACAACAGGCGAAGGAGCCCCGAUGCCAUGACAACCAGCUCUAAUGGCAGGAACAACAAUGGGCGAAGGAGUCCUGAUGCCAUGACUACUAGUUCCAACGGGCGAAGGACCCCAAAUGGCAGGAGGAGUGGAGCUAACGGACCUCGAACGCCCAGUGCAAGGAAUGCGCUGAAUAGUCCCAGGAACGCAAACACCAGAAGCCCGAGGGUGGCCAAUCCAAGCAGCAGUCUCCGGAGCCCAAGUGUCAUGAAGAGCCCUGGUGGCUUGAUGAGUCCGGGCCUGGUGUAUAGCCCAAGAGGCAUGAAGGACUUGAACUUGAAGAGUGCCAUGCAUUUGCUUGUGGGGUCCCUAGCGGGGUGGCGAGAACUGAGUCCCAUUAUCAAGAAGUAUGGUGGGAUGAGUGAGGGGACACACGGAUCUGGCUACGGAGGUGAUAGCGGCCCUAAUCGGCUCGAGCCUUAA